CAAAUUGUGAAUAAAAAAGGAAUGCAAUAAUUUACAAAUCUCAUAAACUUAUAUUUUAUUCACAAUAGAAUAUAGAUAACAUAUCAAAUGUUGAAAGUGAGACAUUUUGAAAUGUCUUGCCAAAUAUUGGCUCAUUUUGGAUUUCAUGAGAGCUACACAUUCCAAAAAAGUUGGGACGGGUAGCAAUAAGAGGCCGGAAAAGUUAAAUGUACAUAUAAGGAACAGCUGGAGGACCAAUUAGGUCAAUUGGCAACAUGAUUGGGUAUAAAAAGAGCCUCUCAGAGUGGCAGUGUCUCUCAGAAGUCAAGAUGGGCAGAUCAUCACCAAUUCUCCCAAUGCUGCGGCGAAAAAUAGUGGAGCAAUAUCAGAAAGGAGUUUCUCAGAGAAAAAUUGCAAGGAGUUUGAAGUUAUCAUCAUCUACAGUGCAUAAUAUCAUCCAAAGAUUCAGAGAAUCUGGAACAAUCUCUGUGCGUAAGGGUCAAGGCCGGAAAACCAUACUGGAUGCCCGUGAUCUUCGGGCCCUUAGACGGCACUGCAUCACAUACAGGAAUGCUACUGUAAUGGAAAUCACAACAUGGGCUCAGGAAUACUUCCAGAAAACAUUGUCGGUGAACACAAUCCACCGUGCCAUUCGCCGUUGCCGGCUAAACCUCUAUAGGUCAAAAAAAGAAGCCAUAACUAAACAUGGCUCAUUUAAAAUGGCUCAUUUAAAAUAGACUGUGACAAAGUGGAAAACUGUUCUGUGGUCAGACGAAUCAAAAUUUGAAGUUCUUUUCGGAAAACUGGGACGCCAUGUCAUCCAGACUAAAGAGGACAAGGACAACCCAAGUUGUUAUCAGCGCUCAGUUCAGAAGCCUGCAUCUCUGAUGGUAUGGGGUUGCAUGAGUGCGUGUGGCAUGGGCAGCUUACACAUCUGGAAAGGCACCAUCAAUGCUGAAAGGUUAUAUCCAAGUUCUAGAACAACAUAUGCUCCCAUCCAGACGUCGUCUCUUUCAGGGAAGACCUUGCAUUUUCCAACAUGACAAUGCCAGACCACAUACUGCAUCAAAUACAACAUCAUGGCUGCGUAGAAGAAGGAUCCGGGUACUGAAAUGGCCAGCCUGCAGUCCAGAUCUUUCACCCAAAGAAAACAUUUGUCGCAUCAUAAAGAGGAAGAUGCGACAAAGAAGACCUAAGACAGUUGAGCAACUAGAAGCCUGUAUUAGACAAGAAUGGGACAACAUUCCUAUUCCUAAACUUGAGCAACUUGUCUCCUCAGUCCCCAGACGUUUGCAGACUGUUAUAAAAAGAAGAGGGGAUUCCACACAGUGGUAAACAUGGCCUUGUCCCAACUUUUUUGAGAUGUGUUGAUCAGUUGAUGUGUUGAUUGAAAUUUAAAAUCAACUUAUUUUUCCCUUAAAAUGAUACAUUUUCUCAGUUUAAACAUUUGAAAUGUCAUAUCUGUUGUAUUCUGAAUAAAAUAUUGAAAUUUGAAACUUCCACAUCAUUGCAUUCUGUUUUUAUUCACAAUUUGUACAGUGUCCCAACUUUUUUGGAAUCGGGUUUGUAAAAAUGCAUUUGAAUUGAUAGGUCUGCAAACAUUAACAGUUAAGCUGUAGCUAGUAAGAGUUAGUAAGAAAAGUUUUAGGAAAUUACACUCGAAUUGGCUUACUGGAAUGUCAAAAGCACUUGUAAAACAGCAGUAUUUAAUAUUAUCAGCCUAUUUUCUGCAACCAGAUGCUUCAUUUUGUGAUUUUCUGUUAGGUGUGAUGUGUUCAGCUGCUGGAUUUAGAUGAUGUAUAGUAUUCGGCACAACUCAGUGCAUUCAGUGACUGCUGGCAUUUAAGAUUUUUUUUUCAAACCCUUGCCCACUCAGUUUUACUCAGGCCCACCCACUGUUCCAUUUUUUCUGUUGCUAAAAAAAUGCACUUUCACAUGUUUUUCACGUGAUCUCAUAUUACUUACUGUACAUAAUCACAUAAAAAAUGUAGGGGAAAAAUGUAAAUGAUUUUUCUUUAAGGGAAGACACUAACAUGCAUUGUAGAGUACUGUAACAGCAGGAUUGAAAAACUCUAAGCAGAUAGCUACACCAGUGUGACUCCCUCCCUUUCAGUGAAUAAUGGUGUGAUGAAGCUGCACUCACGCUCCGCCCACAUUCAGGACGCAAAGCAGAGAGCUCCAGCUGCAGCACUCACACACACACACCAACACUCACACUCACACAUCCUGCUGCUUUUGUGGAUUACUGUUUUGAUGGCGACAUUUCUGACUUUCUGUAUUUUAAUGACCACGUUUUGUACUACUGUAAUCUGGGUUGAAGCUGAUAAAGGAGAGCUGCGAACGCUCCAUCGACAGAAAAGAGAAUGGAUCGUCCCUCCGAAUAAGCUGUACGAGAAUGUGGAUUAUACCAGAAAUGAAUUUAUUGCAAAAAUCCGAUCAGAUGAAGAGACCAGGACGGAUAUUGUAUAUUCUCUAAUAGGACCUGCAGCGGACGAGGGAUUAUUCAGCGUAGGUGCAAAGAAUGGCUACGUCAGGAUUCAUGGCAUCUUGGACAGAGAGAAAACCGCUAGUUAUGACCUCAAAGGGAGAGCUAUGCUAAGAAAUGGAUCACUUGCUGAAAAGGACAUCGAGUUGAAAAUCAUAGUUCUAGACAAGAAUGACUGGGUCCCUGUGUUUAAUGUUCGGGUGAAUGGCUCUGUUGAAGAGCUCAGUGACAAAGACACCCACGUAAUUGAAAUCAAAGCUUUCGAUGGAGAUGAGCAAGACACACUGUAUUCAAAAAUUGCCUACAGAAUUAUACAGCAGGAGCCAGCUGGAGAGAUGAUGUUCAAAAUCGAGCGAUCAUCUGGUCAAAUCAAAGUCAGAAUGAACACUCUGGACCGAGAGAGCCAAGAAACUUACAAACUGAUAAUCAUGGGUACAGACAUGGACGGAGUCAAUUCUGAUCCCCAAAACAAACCACUGACAGGAACAGGGACUGUGACCAUCAACAUACUUGAUGUCAAUGAUAACAUCCCGAUAUUAGAGAAGGACUCUUACGAGAGUAGUGUGGAAGAGAAUAUCAAGAAUGUGGAAGCAGUCCGGCUUAAGGUCAUAGACAAGGAUAAGCCCCACACUGAGAACUGGGAGGCUGUGUUCACCAUCAUUUCUGGAAAUGAGGCCGGUCACUUCAAAAUCACCACCGACCCCAAAACUAACGAGGGCAUCCUGAUAGUCACUAAGGAGCUGAACUAUGAGGGGUUGAACGAGGUCAAUCUGACAGUGUUGGUCAGGAACAAGGCAACUUAUCACAAGUCAGUGGUGACUGACAAGCCCAUAACAUAUCCCAUUAAUAUCAAAGUGGUGAACGUGCCCGAAGCCCCUCAUUUCCACCCCACCGUGAAAGUUAUCUCCAUUUCUGAAGACCACAAAACUAUUGACCUGAAGAAGGUCAUCACCACCUACACAGCCACGGACAGUGAUACACUGUUAACCGCCAGUUGUAGGUAUGUUAAAGGAGAUGAUGUUGACAACUGGGUGAGCAUUAAUGAGCAAACAGCCGAGAUCAGAUUCAACAGAUAUCCAGACCGCGAGUCCAAGUUCCUGAUCAAUGGAACAUACUACGCCAAAAUCUUAUGCAUCACCAGUGAUUUUUCACCCAAAACUGCGACAGGAACUCUUGCAAUUCAGGUGCAUGAUUUUAACGACCACUGUCCGAUUCUGACCAGCUCAGUCCAAACACUGAGCUACGGUGACAGCGUAGUGUACGUCACAGCCAAGGAUGAGGAUAAAUACCCCAAUGCAGAUCCUUUUGAAUUCAGAAUGAUUACCAAGAGCACAAAAGAGAACUGGAGAGUCGAGCGUCUCAAUGGAACAACAAUCAUCUUGCGCAGCCAGGAGAUCCUGUGGCCGGGACACUACACAGUGGGACUGGAGGUGCAAGACCAGCAGGGAAAGUCCUGCGAGGUUCAAAAGCUUCAGGUAGCUGUGCUGACUGAGAGACAGACCAGCAAAGGCAUUGGACUGGGAGGAGGUGGAGUUCUGGCACUACUGCUAGGAAUCCUGCUUCUCUUGUUGAUUCCAGUGCUUUUGCUGUUGUGUGAGUGUGGAGGAGCUGCAGCUCUUGGUAGUUUCCAGGCCUUCCCCUUCGAACAAAAUCAGGAGCUCAUCAGCUAUCACACUGAAGGCCAAGGAGAGGAUAAGGAACCAGCACUGCUGUCCCAGGUGCCCCUGAAUGUAAACGGUGGCAGCAGCAUGAAAGUGGGAACUGGAUGGAGAACACAUGAAGGCUCAAGGAAAUAUGGAUGGGAAUCUCAGAAGGAAUUCAUAAAUCAGUGGCAUGUCAACCAGUAUGAGGGUGACUAUGCUGAUAAAAAGGCAAAUGUAAUUGGGGGAAAUUCUGAAUUUUUUACAAUGAGCACCCUCGAUUACAUGGCUCUGCCUGAGACCUACUUAGGCAACUACUAUACGAAGAAAACGCUGGAUAUGGUGAAGCAGGAAGCUAGUACAAACCAGCUGAUGUUGUCUAACUAUGAAGUCUGCAACUCAGUCACAGGCUCCUUAGAGGACAUCUGCAGCCAUCUACAUGAGGAAAACAAUCUGGAUUUCCUCGAUGACCUCGGGCCUCAGUUCAAAAGGCUCGCUGAAAUUUGCUGUGGGUCGACCAUCGAAUUCGAGGUCAGCUCCACUCCCACGCCUCCCAAAACGGUCUCAUCCAGUUCACAAGUGGGCAUCAAAGUGCAAGGUGCUGUUGGUGGUGUCCACAGUGAGGCAACCUCCAUCUCUGCAUCCAGCUCCUCCUCCACCACCCAAAUCACAACUGCAAAUUAUGGAGAGAGUAUUAUCAGUGGAGGCGCCACAUCAGCAGCCACUGUAGGCCAAACUCUUCUCGUCCAGCAGCCAUCUGUCUACCUUUCCUCUACACCCAUGUACGUAGUGGAGCAACAGCAUCACCCCACCCUUCUUCUGGCUUCUGGUCCAAUGCUGGGUGUUCAGAAAAGCAACAUGGUACUGGUGGAGAAAGGGGGUACCAACAUGGCAAUCGCUGCCCAGAACACCCUUCCCAGGCUAGGGUUGCAGCAAUCAAACACCAGAGUACUGGUGGAUCCAGGUAUUGGAGGCACAGUGGUGCAUGGGUUUCCAGGCCAACCUGAGACUCAGGGCACCAUUUCUGGUACCUAUCGGGUCGUAGAGAGCCGACGAGUUGAGAGCACGGAGCCUGUAGGUGUCAUGCAGAGCUCCUCACACUCCAGCACCAGCAAAAAUCAGAGUAUGCAGGCCAAAGAGCAAAGUGGAGGGAUCAUGGCUUUAGGAAACGCAUCAGAUAUCCCAAGUGCCAUUUCAUUGUUGCAGCAAGACAUGCCUCAAUUUGAUGUGCCAAAUGGUGGCACUCACAAAGAGGUGCGAGAGGAAAGGGUUUCGGUUGUUGAGAAAAGUUUCCAGUCGAGCUCCAGCUCCUAAUGCAACUACAAACACACUCACACAUUCUACAUGCACAGCCUUAUUUUCAUGAAUUCAGCUAUUAGUUCUGUGAAGAAUAUCCCAUAGAACUGACUGAUCAGAAGAGCAAGUUUGCUCCUAACAAAGAGAAACCUGAACACUUUCUGAAGAUCCAUUAAUUAAUUCAUAGUGAAGGGCAUGAGUAGUCAAUUAAUUGAGUACAUCUUAUGUAGCCUCAUAAUCAAUUAAUAAAAUAUUACCCAUAUAAAUCAUAUUUUUAUGGGACUAGUGUCUCUGGGUGGCAUUUUUCCAUCUCUUCCAUUAUAAAUCUGGAAUCAUACAGAGUUCAUACAAACUGGAUGUUUGCAAAACGUGUGGUCAUGUUUUGUUUUAUAUGCAUUAGUUAUUUUAAUACAGAGAACACUGUUGGGCCUGCAGGAUCACUGAUUUGUUGAUUUUGCAAUGUGGAGAUGUUUUUCAGAUAGCAAAAGACAACUUCUAUAAAAUAACCAGUAAAAUUAUCAGACGAAUGCACAGUUUAUCAAAAAAACAGUCGGUAAUUUGGUCUGUAAUGUUCCAUGGAGAAGAGAGAGAGAGAGCAUGAAAGCAGCACAGCUUUCACUUUUUAUGGUUUUUGCAGUACGAAUGCAUAACACUAUUAUUCUAUUAUAGUUAUAAUGUUUUUGUUAUUAGCAUAAAUUGAUGCUGCUGAGUAAAACAAAAUAAUGUCAGGCUGUUUGUUAUAAAAUUUAAUCAGUACUGGGUAACUAGGAGAUUGUUUGUAUGGGAAAGUGUGUUUGAGUAUUCAGCUAGAAUGUCCAUCACUAACAAUUAGCAUUAUAGGAUAGGCUUUUUAGGAGGUUUUGACAUACUGGUGUGCAUUUCAUGUAACAGAGAUGGGUUUCUAAACAACAUAUGUAUCAUCAGUUUAUUUCUAUCUUCAGAUAGCAUUUUUUGUUUGUUUGUUUCUCUGUUACGUUUUUCAUUUCUAAGCCAAUAAUGGAAAUAGAGUGCACAGCAUUUCCCUCAUAUUACUAUAUUUUCAUUAUGAAAGCGUUCAACUGGAAUAAAACACUAGAAUUAAAACAAAAUUCAUCUAAGUGUGACCAGGGCUCUACGGGUGACUAAAACACUCUAAAUUGUGCAAGGAUUGUGCGCUGUUGAUACAAGAACUGGGUGAAUUUGUGCUGUAAGACUGAUAAAAAUCUCUUAAUGUCCUGGAAUAAACUGGAAGCCAUCAUCUGUGUCUUCUUUAGGAUUUGAAACCAGUUUUUCAACCCCAGACAGAAACUUUCCCUCCCUAACCUGUUUUUUUUUUUUUUUUUUUUUUUUUUUGCUGAUGUUACCUGUUGAUGGAAAUGUUUUUUGUUCACCUGUGUUUUUUUUUUUUUUAAACACAUUGUGGCUCCGAGCUGUGAAUGUUGUCCCAGACCACAACCCCGUCAGUCAGCUUCAUCUCUGUUUAUCAGCAGUCAGACUGGCUGCGUCCCAAACCAAUACAAUGUAGACAUUGUGUUUUAUACUAUGAUCACAAUUUAUUCUUGUACUUUGAUUCUUACUGACUUUUAGAUUGCAGUAUGUGUGUGUGCUGAUGUUAAACAUUUAAUAUCACAGUAGUUGCCUUACCUUCCAUCAUGGCUUAUGAAAUUACCACAGUCAUUUUAAAGAAUUACAAGGUAUUAGGAAGGUGUGUGAUGGUGACAGAUUUAUGUGACUUUUUGAACAUAUGAUUACAUUGUGCGUGUCGAGUGUGGCUACUAUACGUAUAGAUCCUAUUCAUAGAAAAAGAUACGAAUAGUUACAAAAGUGUGAGCCACAUUUCUGAGCCAUUUCAACCAAAAAAACUGCAAAUUUGCUAUAUUUUUUUGCAUAACUGUAUUGUAUAUAGUAUGUUUUGUCAUAUGUUCUGUCUGGAAGCUGUAACUAAGAUUAAUGUAGUACUUCAGAGUGGAAGUAUGGCAAGUCUGUUUUUAAAAUUCCACUUUUAACUAAUCCCAACCACUCCUGCAGAAAGUUUGUCGCCCACUACAGAAGGAAUUCUGUCCAGCCCUGCCCUCUCCUGUGUCACGUCAAAGCCUGAAGCAGUAUCACACUACAGUUCUCAAAAUGCAUCAUGGCCUACAAAGAUGGCCUACAGAAAUGUCCACCAUGGACUACAACACACACGAACUGUGUCACUCUGGUCUCACUCCUAUAUAAACUCAUACUAACCUACAGUGCUGUGCAAAGUAUCCGCUCAGUGUAUUUGUACCAGACAUUACCAAGCCUUAUAUCCCAUGUGGUUUUGAUAUCCUGGUCAUUGAUCUGGUGUCUGGUUUUUGAUUCUUGUGCCUUGUCUGAUUCUAUCUGUUUGUAUAUCGCCUGACCCUUGCUGUUUUGUGACUACGACCUUGCUCUACAUUUUGGAUUUGUCUUGCCAGUUUUUACAUAAAGCAUUCAACCCGGAAAUGCCGCCGUCUCUGCCGCCAGACAUCCUGAACGCCUUGUCCUAACGAAAUUCUUUCCAAUUCGGCUCCUUCCAGAAGGAAUUCUGACUAUUCUCAUCCACUCACAAGGAACUCUGAUCCCACCCAUUCCUGAAGGAUUUCUAACAAAUCUUGUUCAUUGAUGAAGGAUUUCUGACCAAUCUUGCCCUCUCCCACAAUGCAAAAGUAAAAAAAAAUAAAUAAAUAAAAUAAAAAACUCUCACAGCUUUUUCCCAGUUCUCAUCACUUUAGACGACUACUUUAGAAUUGUUUUUUUUUUUUUUUUGAUGUUCUCUGUGGUAAAGGGGUGCAUUGUUUAAAUGUAGAGCAUGAUUGUGUUCAUACUCUCUGUACACCUUGCAUAAAUGAUAUACAUGAAGCUUCAAUUUUCCAAUUGACAAACAUCAGUUUUAACUUUUACUGUCUUUAUUUUCAAUGAAAUAAUAUCCAUACUAAGAUUAAUAUGAAAAUACUAUGUUCUUUUUUCUUAAAUCAUGGGUGUUUUGGAUUUAUGCUUUUUUAUAAACUUGGAAAA